AUGUGGUAUUCCCCGCUAAUGGCCUUAGCUUUUGAUGCGGCAGGAAUAAUCCAAUCUUAUCAGAAGUCUGAAGUCGUUUCCAUAUAUUUUGCCGGUGUUACUGAGGUCCUUCUUGUAAUUGCACUCGCCGCUCUUUUGGCCGUUGCCCUUGCCCGCCCUCAGAACGGCUAUGGCGUCCCAACGCCCUCUUCAGCACCUGCCAAGUAUGACUUCAACUACGCUGUCAACGACCCACCAUCUGGCAACGACUUCGGCCAUCAGGAGGCCCGAGAUGGUCCUAACACUCAGGGUUCCUACUAUGUCCUCCUUCCCGACGGUCGUCUUCAGAGGGUCACCUACACUGUGAACGGUGAUUCUGGCUACUUGGCCGAUGUCACCUACGAGGGCGAGGCCUCCACACCACGUCCCUAUACACCCGCUCCUCAGUAUUCCCCGCUAAUGGCCUUAGCUUUUGAUGCGGCAGGAAUAAUCAGAUCUUAUCAGAAGUCUGAAGUCGUUUCCAUAUGUUUUGCCGGUGUUACUGAGGUCCUUCUUGUAAUUGCACUCGCCGCUCUUUUGGCCGUUGCCCUUGCCCGCCCUCAGAACGGCUAUGGCGUCCCAACGCCCUCUUCAGCACCUGCCAAGUAUGACUUCAACUACGCUGUCAACGACCCACCAUCUGGCAACGACUUCGGCCAUCAGGAGGCCCGAGAUGGUCCUAACACUCAGGGUUCCUACUAUGUCCUCCUUCCCGACGGUCGUCUUCAGAGGGUCACCUACACUGUGAACGGUGAUUCUGGCUACUUGGCCGAUGUCACCUACGAAGGCGAGGCCUCCACACCACGUCCCUAUACACCCGCCCCUCAAUAUGCUUAA